AUGCGCAAAAUCCAUGAUGAGCUGCCAAAAUUCAUGAACACUGUGUUUGGUUGGGUUGCGACAGGUGAAGUGAAGCAUGCUACGAGCACCCCAAGGGUCAGCUGUUACCUAAUGUUGGUCGAUUCGUUAGACAAGGCAAUUGAGAAAUUUUGGGCCACUGAAGAACUCCCAGAAAAGUUACCGUGUUCCCUAGAAGAAGAGGACUGUGAAAAUUAUUUUUGCAAUACGUUUUCUCGUAACGCAGCCGGACGUUACAUAGUGCGGUACCCAAAACGUAUGGGUUUCUACAACAUAAUCGGUAAAUCAAGGGAUAUGGCAAUGCGUGGAUUUCAACAGACUGAAAGACGAUUGGAAAGGGACAUAAAUUUACGCAAACAAUAUAACGAGUUUAUGCAGGAAUAUAUUGACCUAGGGCACAUGAAACUCAUAGGAGUAGUAAAUGACAUACGGACUAAUGAAAGGACAGUUUGCUACCUCCCUCAUCACGCCGUAUUUAAAGAAUCGAGCUCAACGACAAAGAUACGAGUGGUAUUCGAUGGCUCAGCCAAGACUUCAACCAACUAUUCUUUGAAUGAGGCGCUACUAACCGGUCCAGUGAUACAAGAUGAUCUAUUUGAUUUGAUGGUUCGCUUUCGUAAGCAUACUGUUGCACUGGUCGCGGACGUAGAAAAUAUGUAUCGGCAAAUCCGCACACAUCCAGACGAUACACCUCUCCAACGGAUAUUAUGGCGUUUCAGCCCGUCAGAACCAACGAUGGAAUUUGAAAUUCAGCCGGUCACGUAUGGCUUAAGCCCAUCAUCAUUUCUGGCCACGCGUGUAUUGAAGCAGAUGGCCAUUGAUAGUAAAAGCGAACAUAGCGAGACCGCAUUGGCCAUAGAAGAGGAUUUUUAUAUGGAUGACUUUCUGUCGGGGGCGGAUUCUGUCGAAAAAGCGAAAAGGCUGCAAGUUGAUGUUCAGACAAUAUUAGCAAAGGGGGGAUUUCAAUUACGGAAGUGGAGCUCGAAUAAGCCAGGAGUACUGGAAGAUCUACUAGCGGAAGCAGUCGACAAUACAACCAAAUUGCACCAUGAGCAACCAGUGAAGGUAAAAACAUUAGAAGGGGUGUGGGAGAUCAAAUCAGAUUGCCUUAGUAUCGAGGUGCAUGCUACAAACGACAAUAUACAAUGGACAAAGCGAAAAAUUUGUUCAGAGAUCGCCAAGCUUUACAACCCACUAGGGCUUGUGUCACCUGUAGUUGCGUGGGCUAAAAUUUGUCUGCAGCAUGUCUGGUUAGCCGCAGGUGACUGGGAUGAUGUUGUACCAGAUGAAAUCAAUACUAAAUGGUCCAAUUUCUACAGCCAAUUACCGUUCCUGCAUGGGUUUAAGGUAUCUCGUUUCAUUUUUGCUGCUGAUUCAACUGUGACCCAAUUUCAUGUGUUCUGUGAUGCCUCCGAAGUAGGAUACGGUGCAUGCAUGUAUGCACGAACAGUUGAAAGAGAUGGCCAAGCAAAUGUAAAGCUAAUCGCAUCUAAAGCGUGUGGCACCGUUGAAAAGAGUGUCAUUACCACGCUUAGAGCUCGGCGCUGCACGUUUGGGAGCCAGAUUGUAUGCUAG